AUGGCAACACUGCAGGAAUCCCAGUACUCCGUGUAUCCCAUGGGAGCAGCUAAAGCUGCAGCACCUAACUUUAGUGAUCUCGGCAAGCCGACGGUCACUGUCGACGUCACGCGCCUGCAAGCUGAGCUGAGAGCGUUGCACCAACGCCUAGAGUUUCUAGAGGUUGCCGCCCAGGUUGCUGCGGUAGAGCACGCGAAGGAUCAGGAUCCAGACGGGGGAUCAGCAUCCUCGACAGCCGAGAGCAUUCCUAGCGCCGUCGCUGCAGGAAGGGAGACCCGUCCCGAUGAGCUCGAUGGUGGUUGUAUCGCGGACGACCUGACGACCGAGACGAAAGCGGGGGAGAUGCCACACAGCCCGGUGAUGCGCAGCGCUACCGGCCUUCGGAAAAAGGCCGCAGCGGCGAGUGCAGCCAUGCAGGCGGAGGUCCGGGACCUUUCCGACAGGCUCGAGGCGCUCGCUUCCUCCUGCAAGCGCCGGGAAAAGGCGCAGGGGAUAAGAGAGAAGACCAAUGCCCUGGCGCAGUCGAUGGAGAUCAAGAGGAUACAGAUGGCCAUCGAGUCCCGGGUGACAUCCGACGACCUGCAGCUCGCUGUGAGCGCCGCUGAUGACAAGAUUGUUGCCGUACAGUCUUCUGUUGAGUCGGCGCUGAGCGACCGCUUUCGGAGGAUGCAGGAUGUGGUGCACCAGCAGAUGGCGAGCUUGCUGAGCAUGGUUCAGGGGCUGACCCAAUCGCAGGCCCGCAGGAAGGGAAGUGGGCCGUACGUCAACGCUCGCGGCAACCUAAGUGGCGGAGGCUACGGUGGCGGCCCCGACGGCAGCGACGACGACGACGAAGAGGCGUCGGAGGCGGAGACCUUCAACAAGGCAGUGAAGGACGCCGUUGAAAGGGUGUUGCAGGAGGGGAGAAUCUCGGGGGGAAGCGGGCAGGGAGACGUGAAGAUGGCGGACUUCGAGAGCCUACAGGAGGACUACGAGACGUUCAAGGAGCACAUGGAAGAGAAGGCCGACCGUCAAGAUGCCAUCUCCUCAUCCCUGGAGGACGCCCAGACAAGGCUGGAAGACGCCGAGGCUAACCUCUCCGCCCUCGCGGAAGAGCUGGAACACUCGUCGCAGGACACGCGGGAGGCGAUGGACGCCGCCAGCGACCGGCAGUCCGACCUUGACACCCGAGUGCGCAACGCCACCUCGCUUGCGGCCGAUGCCAACGCGGAGUGUGCCGCCCUCCGGUUGCUGGUGGGAGACUCGCGCCGGGAAGGGCAGGCAGAUGCUCGACAAGAGGCGGAGGCGAUUACGGCGAGGGCGGAAGCGAGGAUGAAGGCGGAAGUGAGCAAGGCGAGGGGGGAUGCCCGGUCAGCGACGGAGAAAGUGGGGUCCGAGCUGAAGCGGCACAUAAAAAAAUCGGAAGACGAGGCAGAGGGGUUUCAGGGUGCGGUAGCGGGGACGAGAGCUCUGUCCGAGAAGGCGAUGGCGGGCGCGACCGCGGCCGCGGCGAGGGCCGACGAGUGCGACGCGCUGCUGCAGAAGGCGGAGACUAGGAUGGGGAAGCGUCUCGACAAGGCCGUUCAGAACCAGACGACCGCAAUAGAGGACACGCUGGAGAGGGUGGCCGCGGGAGAGUCGGAGCUGGCUAGAGCAGAGAGCGAGCUGAGGCGUCUCAUCGCAAGCAACGGGGCCGAGAUCAUGGACUUGAGGACUGGGCAGAGCGUGCUGGGAGAGUCUUCAGAACAAGCAACGGAGCAACUACGAGAGGAAGUACAAGAUGCUCUCACCACGAUGGUCAUAGAUCAGGAUUUCAUCGACUCUCCUUCAAGUAGCAGCGGCGGCGGAGGCGGCGGGGGCCGCACCGGGGGCCGUGGCGGCGGGAGCGGCUCCGACAACAGCAGGGGCGGUGUGCGCUUUGAAGCCUCCCACGGAGGAGGUAGCGGAAACAACUACAGGAGCAAUGACUUCGUGGACCGCUCUGCGUCGGACGUCGCCCGGCUGAGCCUCGCUCACCUGGGGACUGCGCUCAGGCGGCAAGGGGAGGAUGCCGCGCAAAUGGUAUCGACCCUGCAGAGGUCGAGUGUCGGCAUCGUGACGGUGCUCAGGAAGAUGGAGGCCGGCGUGCACGCCCUAUCUACAAAGGAUCUCUUUUGGAAGGCUGUGGACGUGAAGCUCGCCGCGCACCAGAGAGCAGUGGGCGAGGUGUGUCUAGACGUGGAAGACGCUACCGUGAGCCGACGGAGCCGCAUCACGCUCUCCAAAGAGGCACAGGCAUGCCUGGCGGGGGAUAUGCAGCGUGUGGCCAAGCUCAUGGCCGUCAAGGCAGACUACGAGGUGAUCCGAGAGCUGGCGAAGCUCGAUACCCCGGAGCAAACAGGCCAAGACUGGGAUGAACGAGUGGAGUUCCUGCGGCAGACGCAGAUGCGGAGGUUCUUGAAAGACUGCAGGGACGCUUUGGACAAGACCGCCCCCGAGGUCCGGACGAAUUUCAACGGGGAAGAGAUCCGCGGAAAGUUCAUGGGGAAGCUCAGCGACGCCCUCAAGGUGGCGCUGUCAAAGUACUCGCCGACCACCCCCGGGGCGACUCUAUUCGGCAAGAUUAAGCUCAAGAACUCUCACAUCACGAAAGACACAUUCCGGCCGCACACCUCACAUGGGAGGCUUGGCUCGCCCUCUCGCUCUGGGUCCAUCGAACUCUUUGAGCCGCACUCAUCUAUUCACAGCGUCAUGUCAGGGAGCCGAUCAUCGUCGCACUCGCCGCACGUUUACCGUGGUGGUUUCAAGCUCCCCAAGCACCUCAAGUCUCCCCUGCACCUGCCGGACGGGGAGGAUCAGUCCGCCUUUGGGAUCGGCCACGCCUCGCCGCUGCUUCACAAGAGCCAGUCCAUGACCGGCCUGGGCUCUCACAACAACAACGGUCGACCUAGCACGUCCGGGGGGGUGCGGCAAAAACGUCGACCACCAAACGCCGGAAAGUUCCAUACCAGUAGUCCCCCAGCCACGGGGGACGGCGACCCCGACGCAGGCCUGCAGGACGGCGGAGGAAACAGCAUCAUCAGCGCGUUCACCGCAAGAACGGAGUACGCUGCUGCAACGCCCAACGCUGGCGAGAGCGGCGCCGAGAGACUGGGUUUCGAUGACCCACCGGCGGGGACGUCGAUGCCCUACUUCGCGACGAGCCACACGCCAUCGCGUCCGGGCGUGCAGCACGACGGGAGCGUACGCCUGCUGACUUGA